AACACACAUGCUAGUGUAUACAUAUAUAGGUAGCUUAAAUAUUUUGUACCUCCAUUCAUUACUACUUUAAAAAUCAAGCCUAAUGGAUAGAUCUAUCCAUCUCUGCCUCCUUAUAGCAUCAUUCUUACUACUUCAAUGGUUGAUUGUCUAUAGCUCAGCCAACUCAGAUUUCAACGUUGAUCUUUCAUCCCUUGUUGCUUUCAAAUCUCGAAUCUCUUUGGAUCCCUAUAGCAUAUUGACCAAAAAUUGGAGCUCUGGAAGCAAUAUCUGUAGUUGGAUCGGAGUUACAUGUGAUUCUCGCUAUCACAGGGUGACUCAGUUGAAUAUAUCUUCCAUGGGCCUUGUCGGAACCAUCCCACCUGAAAUCGGGAAUCUUUCUUUUCUUGUUUCUUUAGAUUUGAGCGAGAACUCUUUUGGUGGUCCUAUUCCUUCAUCUAUUUUCAACAUGUCAAGUUUAGAAGUUUUGAAAUUGAGGAAUAAUAGUUUGUCAAGUAGCCUACCAAUUGAUAUGUGCAAACACAAUCUUCAUAAGCUCAAGAGACUUCAUAUUUCUUACAACAAGUUGUUUGGGGAAAUACCGUCAAGUUUGGAGCAGUGUUCACAACUUGAGUAUGUUUCUUUGGUCAGCAACAAUUUCAGUGGAAUUGUGCCAACUCCAAUUGGGAACUUGACAUUGCUUCAAGAGUUAUAUUUGGGUUCCAACAAUUUAAGUGGUAAUAUUCCAAAAGAGAUCGGUGUUCUUACUAAUUUAGCAGGUUUGGAUUUGAGCAUCAACAACUUUACCGGACACGUGCCAAGGGAAAUUGCCAACUUGACAUUGCUUCAAUUGUUGGACCUUAGUACCAACAAGUUCAGCGGUAAUAUUCCAGAAGAGAUUGGUCAUCUUACAAAGUUACAAGGUUUGGGCAUGGGUUUGAAUAAGUUUUCAGGCCCUAUACCUGCAACUAUUUACGGCAUGACUUCCUUGGAGUAUUUUGACUUUGCAUCGAAUGAAUUGAGUGGAUCAUUAUCAAGAGAUAUUGGAAACAUGACAUCCCUUCGCAGAAUAGGCCUUGAAGAUAAUAAUCUAAUUGGUGAAAUUCCAAAAGAGAUUGGUGGUCUUACUAAUUUCGAGCGCUUGAGCAUGUGUUGCAACAAUAUUAGUGGUUCGGUGCCAAGAGAACUUGGGAACUUGACAAACAUGGUUGGCAUAUACCUUGGCAACAAUGCUUUAAGUGGUCCAAUACCAAAAGAGCUGGGUCGUCUUAUUAAUUUAUGGGAACUCCAAUUGAAAGAAAACUUUCUUAUCAAUGGAUCCAUACCAAAGGAAAUUGGGAACAUGACUUCCCUUUCCUACUUGAAGCUUUACAAUAAUGAAUUGACCGGUACUAUUCCAAAAGAAAUUGGAAACCUGAAACACCUCACGGAGUUAUGGCUUCACAACAACAAUUUAAAUGGUCCAAUACCUUCCGCCAUUGGGAAUAUGUCAGAGCUGGAUUAUUUAGUACUCCCUCAUAACAAACUAAUUGGAGAGAUUCCAUCAUCCAUUUGUGACUUGAGAUUACUAACACUCCUCCAUUUAGCAGACAAUCAUUUGGAAGGACAGAUUCCAAAGUGCUUGGGAAACUUCAAUAGUUCAUUGUUGGCUCUUAAUUUGGGUGGAAACCAAAUCACAGCCCUUCAAUCCACAUUUGCAAAAGGUUGCAGUCUUCAGGCCCUUAUUCUGUAUGGCAAUAAGUUGGAAGGAAUAACACAUUCCCUACUCAACUGCCAACGCCUGGAAAGCAUUGAUUUUGGUGAUAAUGAAAUACGAGGUGCAUUUCCCUUCUGGAUGGAAACAUUCCCUCAACUUCGCGUCCUCAUCUUGAGGUCUAACAAGUUGAAUGGUACUAUGUUGGAGGCUUCAAAGACCGAGCAUCCGUUUCCAAAGUUGCAAGUCUUGGAUAUAUCAAGAAAUGCAUUUGUUGGCUCUUUACCUGAUAGAUAUUUCAAGAAUUUUGAAGGUAUGAUAGAUGCUAAGGAUAAUCUGACACGCGUUGAGAAGGAUAGGCUCCAAACAUAUUUAGGCUUAGAUAUCACUUUGAAAGGUUUGGAUCAGGAAUUGCAGAGAUUGCUGGAUACGCUUACAACGAUCGAUUUUUCUUCCAACGAAUUCUCUGGGAAUAUUCCGGUUUCCAUAGGCAAUCUUAAUUCUCUGAGAUACUUGAAUUUGUCCCGCAAUACUCUCACGGGAGAGAUUCCUGUGUCUCUUGGGAAUAUAAGUAUUCUUGAGUCAUUGGAUUUGUCAUGGAACAGAUUGAGUGGAAAAAUUCCAAGUGAUCUGACAGGGUUGACGUUUCUUUCGAAAUUAAACCUAUCAAUGAAUAAUCUUGUGGGGCCAAUACCACAAUCUAAGCAGUUUUCUACGUUUCAGAAUGAUUCAUACAUAGGAAACUCGGGAUUGUGUGGAGUUCCGUUGGCAAAGCAGUGUGAAACAACUGAUGGAAAACCAGUAUUUCCUCUAGAAGAUGAUGAUGAUGAGUCAGGAUUUAUAGAUGGAUUUGGUUGGCGAAGUGUGGUGUUAGGGUAUGGAUGUGGAUUUGUGGUUGGAAUUGGAGUUGGUUACAUGAUUAUACGAAGCGCAAGGCCAAAAUGGUUAGUGGAAUUCUUUUUUGGCGUUGGAUAUAGUAAUAGUAAGAUGAAGAGAAGAAAUAGAGCAAAAGCAACAAGAAGAAGAAGGUGAUUCAAGACAAACAUUGGGCUUUACAAGUGUUUCAUUUGGAACACUAGCAUGUUGUGUGUAUGAUGCUUUGCAAUAAUGCAUCUUAAACUAUGCAAUGUUGUAUUUCUAAAUUAGGCUACUUUUGUUUAUAAAAUUAUACAUAUUGUCUCUAA